AUGGCUAUUCUUCAAAACAAGGAUCUGACGUGUAUUUUCCGUAAGAUAAACAAAACGUUUUCAUUCAAUCGCCUGUCUGGUUCUGAAUAUGCUACGCUAUCUUCUCGGCAUUCGCACGGAAUCAGGGGAUUCGUACUGAUCCGUAAGUUAAGCAAUCGUAAGGUGUUUUCUAUAUCGCCAAAGACUUUGAAUAAUAAUGACACGUCUGGCAAUUGUGAAGCCUGUAAUGCUAUUCGUGUACUGCAAUGUCCUUCGUGCAAGGGCGAGAUCAAAUACGGCAGACGUUUGAAUGUGAAUGGCAAGACUUAUCAUCCAGACUGUUUUUGCUGUACAGGAUGUAAACGUCCGUUGCCAAGUCGAUUUCAGAUUGUCAAUGGUGGUAAUUAUCAUCCAGAGUGUGCUCCAAAACCAAAGAUUAUUAAUAAGACAACAACUUUUACCAAAACAUCGAUCAAUGGCCACCCUGAGCAGAAUGAAAAUCAUAGUAGCAAUACGAAUGUCAAAUUAAAUCACAGUAUCAACUCCAAUGGAACAAAGCAUACUUCGGGUGGCUGGAACUGUUCUACCUGCACAUUCUACAACGCAAAUGGUUUGACACCCACUUGUGAAGUGUGCAAUUCUAUUCGUAUUAUGAUAUGUCCAGGGUGCAAGGGCGAGAUUAAGGUUGGACAACGUGUGAAUGUUGAUGGUAAAGUUUAUCAUCCAGACUGUUUUCGUUGCACUGCUUGCAAUGGUAACUUUACAACGAAUAAGUUUCAAGUCAAGGAUGGGGGACAUUAUCAUCAUGAAUGUUACAAGCAGCUCUUUCAUCCGCGAUGUAAUGUAUGCGAAGACUUUAUUGCUUACGAACCAGGCACACAAAAGAUCUCGUUUAAGGUCAUGCCUUUUGGAGGAGAAAAAUACUGUGCUAAACAUGACAAUUGUGACCGCUGCUGCAGUUGCCAGCGUGUUGAGCCGGUUGUUCCGGGACGAGAAUUUCACAGACUUAGUGACGGCCGUAAGAUAUGCUGCGAGUGCUGCAAUUACGUGGUUCUUGAUUCCAAUGAGGCUCGGGACGUGGUCAAAGAAGUGUGGGAAUUCAUGCACGAUCUUGGCAUUUCUCUUCCGGAGAUUCCAGUUUAUCUUGUCGAGUCUUCUGUUCUUAAGGAGCAAUGCAACGCUCACAAAAAGACAAAUGCUCUAGCAAAUGAUAAAACGCAUGUUGAAGGCCAUGUGACUCGUGGUUUGUGCCUUUCAGAGGUCUCUCAAAUCCAACACAUGGUUCGCUCUGGUAAAAAAGCUGUUCCUCACGUCGUCUCCAUUGAAAAGACCCGCUCGGUGAACGCCAUUUUAAUUCUGCACGGAUUGCCGUACGAUCUUACAGCAUCAAUCCUGGCACACGAAGCCACCCACGCCUUCAUCAAACUUAGUGACAACUUUCCAGACAAAAUUCCUCCCAAGGUCGAAGAAGGCAUUUGUCAACUGAUGAGUUAUCUGUUUUUAAAGUACAAACAAAUGAUGAAGAGCGACGAGUUGAAGAAGCGUACAUACGAAAGUCGAUUGCGAAAGUUUUACAUGCAUCAACUUAAACACGAUACGUCUCCGGUUUAUGGUGACGGUUUUCGUGAAGCGUACGAAGCAUACAGAAGAGUAAGCUCGCUCCAGCGAAUGUUUGACUCGAUUCGGCACAGUGCAACAUUUCCAUAA